UUGUUGCCAUAAACGCUGUAGGGCGAAAGGAUGGCGCUUCCCAGCUCUAGUACACCAAGAAGAAGCAAAACGUAGAGAACGGAGUCCGGUGCCAGCCUACGUAACGUUGACGCGCGACGUCCUCCCGGCCUCCAGGAGCGUGCGCAGUGUGUUUGUCAGGGGCCUCCGGCUGCUGUCAGCCGCCGUGGCGGUGCGGUUUGGAGUUGUUUUUCUGUUCCCCGUGUCCGGAGGGCGGGUCUGGGCCUCCUUCCUGGGUCUGUGGCGCGUCACCUCACUCCUACGUGGUGCAGAUUGCCGUAGACCCUCGGGAGCAGAAGUGGAGAAUGGCCCCCUGGAGUGAGAAGAGCGAGUGAAGCGCCGCCUCUCUAGACUCCCGAGUCUGAGGUGGGCGUGAGCGAAGAUUUUAAUUUAACUUGAAAAUGAGUAAGUGCAGAAAGCCACCACUGGGUUCAAGUUCUGAGACAUUCAGCCCAGAUGUUGUUGCUGCCAUUUUUGAACUCUUUGCCAAGAACUUUUCUUAUGGCAAGCCACUUAAUAAUGAGUGGCAGUUACCAGAUCCCAGUGAGAUUUUCACCUGUGACCACACGGAAUUUAAUGUAUUUCUUGAUUUGAAGAACUCCCUAAAUGAAGUAAAAAACCAACUGAGUGAUAAGAAACUGGAUGAGUGGCAUGAGCACACUGCUUUCACUAAUAAAGCUGGAAAAAUCAUUUCUCAUGUGAGAAAAUAUGUGAAUGCUGAACUUUGUACUCAAGCAUGGUGUAAGUUUCAUGAAAUUUUGUGCAGCUUUCCAAUUAUUCCACAGGAAGCUUUUCAGAAUGAAAAACUGAAUUCUCUACACCUUUGUGAAGCUCCUGGAGCUUUUAUAGCAAGUCUCAAUCAUUACUUGAAAUCCCAUCGAUUCCCUUGUGAUUGGAACUGGGUGGCUAAUACCCUAAAUCCAUACCAUGAAGCAAAUGACAAUCUGAUGAUGAUUAUGGAUGACCGACUUAUUGCGAAUACCUUGCAUUGUUGGUACUUUGGUCCAGAUAACACUGGUGAUAUCAUGACCUUGAAAUAUCUGACUGGACUUCAGGAUUUUGUAAGCAACAUGGGCACUGUUCACUUGAUCACUGCUGAUGGGAGUUUUGAUUGCCAAGGAAAUCCUGGUGAACAAGAAGCUUUAGUCUCUUCUUUGCACUACUGUGAAGUAGUCACUGCUCUGACGACUCUUGGAAAUGGUGGCUCUUUUGUUCUGAAGAUGUUUACGUUAUUUGAACAUUGUUCCAUAAACCUGAUGUACCUGCUAAACUGUUCCUUUGACCAAGUCCAUGUUUUUAAACCUGCUACAAGCAAGGCAGGAAACUCAGAAGUCUAUGUGGUGUGUCUUCACUAUAAGGGGAAAGAGGUAAUCCAUCCUUUGUUAUCUAAGAUGGUGCUGAAUUUUGGGACUGAAAUGACCAGGAAAGCUCUUUUUCCCCACCAUGUGAUUCCUGAAUCUUUUCUUAAAAGACAUGAAGAAUGUUGUGUGUUCUUUCAUAAAUACCAGCUAGAGACUAUUUCCGAGAACAUUCGUUUGUUUGAAUGCAUGGAAAAAAAGGAACAAGCAAGGCUGAAUAAAUUAAGAGACUGUGCUGUUCAAUAUUUCAUGCAAAAGUGCCAAUUGAAGGCUCUUUCCAGAAAUAAUUGGCUAGUAAAAAAAUCUAAUAUUGGUUGUAGUACAAAUACAAAAUGGUUUGGGCAGAGGAACAGAUAUUUUAAAACCUAUAAUGAAAGGAAAAUGCUAGAAACCCUUUCAUGGAAGGAUAAGGUGGCCCAAGGAUACUUUAAUAGUUGGGCUGAGGAACAUGCUUCGUACCAUCCUGGGAAAAGUUCUCUUUUAGAAGGGACAGCCUCCAAUCUUGAGUGUCAUUUAUGGCAUAUUUUAGAGGGAAAGAGACUGCCAAAAGUAAAGUGUUCUCCCUUUUGUGAUGGUGAAAUUUUAAAGGCUCUUAAUGAAGCAAUUGAAAAGUCAUUAGGAGGAGCCUUGGAUUCAGAUUUCAAGUUUAGACCAAAACAGCAUUGUUCUUGUCAUGUUUUUUCUGAAGAACUGAUAAUUUCUGAGUUGUUUAGCCUUACCAAGUGCCUUCAAGAUGAACAGUUUGUACAACCCAGCAACCAAAAAAAGUGCCUGCUUGUAGGUUUUCCAGCUCUUCCUGAUAACAAAAUGCAUAUACCAUUGGAAGUUCAACUCUUUGAAUCAGUCGAACUCAUGACUUUUACCUGUUCACUGCUUCAUGAUGGAGACCCAACUUACCAGCAGUUAUUUUUGGACUGCCUUCUACAUUCAUUACAGCAACUUAAUACAGGCGAUGUAAUGAUUUUGCCUGUACUUUCUUGUUUUACAAGGUUUAUGGCUGGUUUGAUCCUUGUACUCCACAGCUGUUUUAAAUUCAUUACGUUUUCUUGUCCCACAUCAUCUGCACCCCUGAAGACCUGUGCAGUCCUGCUAUGUGUCGGUUACAAGGACCUUCCAAAUGCAGUUUUCCAGUAUCUGCAGAAUGUGAAUGAAAUGUUGAGUGUUUUGCUUAACAAUGAUGCACCCCAGCAAGUGUUACAGUUUGUGCCAAUGGGACUGCUCCUUAAGGGGGCACUACUUGAUUUUUUGUGGGAUUUGAAUGCUGCCAUUGCUAAAAGGCAUUUGCAUUUGAUUAUUCAAGGAGAGAGAGAAGAAAUCAUCAACAGCCUUUAGUUGUGAAAUUGAACUUGUCUUUCUGACAUUUAACUGUAUGACUUCUUAUAGUUUCCAUUGUUAUUGCAUCCCUUUACUAUUUAUAUCCUUUCAUUUUGGGGAAAGGCCAACUUCUGCUUCAUUUAAUGGCUCAAUAUUUCUGGAAAACCAUCAGCUAGUUCCCAUCUCUAGGAUAUAUACAUACACAGGCAUAGAGUUUUCCUUGUGGUGGAAUCUGUGAGUGUUGAUACUCAACCUCAGACAUGAGAUGUGUGUGUGUGCUUGGGAUGGGCAUGUCCAUGCCUGCAUAUGCAGUUUAGUUGGUCUUCUUUAUCUGCUUAAGGUUUUUACAGAGUGCCUUUAUUCAGAUUUUUCUCCAGCUAAUUUCCUCUCAAUGGCUAGUGCUGUUAAUGAACCGAUGAAGUGAGGUGAGUCACUCCUGAGCAACACUGACUUCCUUUAACACUGACCAUGUCAGUUCUGGAUUUAGGAAACAUCUUGCCAGAUUUCUGGUUACAUGCCAUCAUUGCCAUUGACCCAGUUUACUUUUAUGGUUCAAAUGAAGCUACUGUGCUGUUUCAUGAAUAGACUAACCACAGCCACCAACCAGAAGGUAUAUCAGGACAGCUUCAAACCAAAGAUCAUGUUUAAAACAAUGAAAAAUUAUUCUGUCUAAAAAUUUCUGUAUCAUGAAAAGCCUGAUUUAGCAAUGAUGUAGUAAUUUUUAACUUCCAGGAAAUAAUCUGAACUAAAAGACAUUUUAAAAUUUCAAGAUAAUGUUUAUGGUCUUAUAUUGGGAACACAUGACUGUGAUAAAUGUAGUGAAUAUUGAAAAAUUUUUUAACACUUUCAUAAUGAUGAUUCAGCAUUUAACAUUUUUGUGGUCUUUACAGUUUCUUUUUUCAGUAUGAAAGUAGCACUUUAUCAAAAGUUUAACCAUGAGAUGGUUAUUUUAUGUUGUUUGAUUUCUUUUGAAUUAUAUGUAUUUAAUAGUGUAACUGAACUUUUCUGGCAAACUAGUAAGCAAAUCUUUACUACUUUGAAAUUCCACAAAAUGGAGAAUAUUUAUAUUCUUACAGGUACAUUUUAGACAUUUUUGUUAGUUAUAUGAAAAAUAGAUGUAUUCUUUGAUGUAUUUGGUUGAUAAAUAUUAAUCUGAAAUUUCUUUCAUGUUCUUUGCUAUUUUGAGUUCCAUUAUAGAUUCAUGAAUAAAGUCAUUAGCAGAGA